CCAUUUAAAACCACUAAUAUUCUUUGUGACUCCAGACAAGCCUGCUUCUCUGUCUCUCUUUCUCUUUCUCUCUCUCCUCUCUCUCUCUCUCUCUUUCUCCCUCCUCUCUCUCUUGUUUCCUCAACUACAAAAUGAGUGACCAGGAUUAGAUAAUCUCUCUGGUCCCUUGGAGAAUUAGGUAAGAAAGAAAGACUUUUCAUUGUUUACUUUUUAUCUCUGCUUACCACAUAUUUAAAAAAUCUUUUUCACCAUCUUAGUUUUAUACUGUCAGCUGUACCCUGCUGUUCACACCUUCUUCCUUCCUUCUUUCCUUCCUUAUUCCUCAAGAUGUUUCAACUUUAGUGAACAUCUUAGACUGAGGGCAGAUUCAUAAUCAUAUCUAUCAAUUAUUAAGCACCACCUUUAUACAUCAGGGACUUAAUAUAUGUUAUCUGAUUACAGCUGCCAGUCACCCAACUAAUUUGGCACAGUAUCUAUUUUGCACAUGAAGAAAAUUAGGUAUAGGCUAGGUGCGGUGGCUCACACCUAUAAUUCCAGCAUUUGGGGAGGCAAAGGUGGGAGGAUUGCUUGAGGUCAGGUGUUCAAGACCAGCCUGGGUAACACAGCAAGACAAAAGAAAAAGAAAAAGAAACUUAGGUAUAGAAGGAAAGAUAGUGUUACCAAGGACAAAUACGCAGGAAGUAGACAGAACUAUGAUUCCAAAUUAGGCUAACUCUGAUUCCAAGGCCCAAACUCUUUCUACAGUUUUCCUUUUCUUUAAUUUCUAAAUAACACUCUGAACUUUAAAGUAAAAGAAGCUUUGGUUUUCCUUACUGAGCCCCUUGAAAAUUUCCCAAUAGUGAAGUAUCUGUAAGCAGAGCUGGUAUUUGUCAGGUGCAAAUUGGUAGGCUAAUAGUUGCUAAAAUAUUAAAAUAUGUCUAUAACAAAUAAUGGUAAUUAUCCAUUUUCCCAAGCCCUCUGAGUACCUGUCACCAGCCCAGCUAUCCCAGCUCUUUCCUCAAGACUCCCCAGACAGGCCCCAUGUACUGAGUGGGGCCCCACCACAGGGCUGUGACAGUAUCAGCUCUCAUUGCUCUGUGGUGCCCCAAACCAUUAUGAAAUAUUCUGAAUGCCACAACAAUCUGAAAGUAAUGUGGAAUUCCAGGCAGAUUCUCUCCUCCCAACUGGAAGUUAGUGGGACCCUUGCCAAAAAAACCACUCUGUAAGCCUGAGGAAGGCUAAACUGCUUCAUAAUCACCUCGCUGGAGUCAGAAAGGAAACUAUUCUAAUAACACAAACAAAGCAACACUUCCCGCACUAAGACUGUCACAGAACCAAAUAUAAAUUACCUUGUGUUCAUGCUGCCUUUUCUCUACUAGACUAUAAGAUGGAGAGCUUGCAUAGCAUGCGAAAUGGAGAAUUUACUAAAACUACUUCUCCUUUUUUUUAAAUCCCAAAUUACAUUGGAUGGUGACAUUGGGCCAUUUUCUUAUUGUAAUGUCAGCAGAAAAACUAUAUAACAUGGAGUCAGACCAACUUGAGUUUCAAUCUCAGCACUACAGGGACGUGACCUUGGACAAGUAACAUAUCUCCAUGAGUGUCAGGUAACAGUGAUUAGCUCUAAAGUGGUUGUCAGGAUUCAGUUAAGCAGUUUACAGGAAAGUUUUAUGGAUACAUAUACAGUCCUCUCUACAUAUCAGUUAUUAUGAGUACCUACCUUUGACUUGCCCAUGUCAAUAUGUAGUGAAUCCCAGACUGCUUCCCUUGGAAAACAGAGACUAGAAAUAGGUGAUAUUCUUCACGUCAUAAUUAUGACAUACCUCUACAGGCUUUCUGCUGCUGCUACAGUUACUGCCUCUAAUAAUAAUUUUUGUUGGAAGAUACUCAUUUCACAGCUCUUAACUCCCUAAUCUUAAACCAGUAGAGGAUAUUUCUCCUGUCUAACCUCAAUCCUAUCUGCUACAAUUUCUGCUUUUAACUGUAGCAUCCUCAGGACAAGAAUUCUGUCUUACUCCACUUGGCUGUAACAGGAUUUCAGAACUCUUGACAGAUUGUGGAGAAGGAUUUAUGGAAUGAACCUCUAAAGAAAUGUAGAAAAGAGGAAAGAACAAAAGGCUGGAAAUGGUAGCAGAGGGGAGAAAUAAGGUUUGGGCUGAUUCAGGCAAGAAGCAAUAGUACCAGUGUGGGAAUUUCUUAAGUUUCGUGGGAAAAGUGGAGAACAGAUAUCUGCAGGCUUUAUAUUUCUAUCCUCACAGAGAAGACCAAAUGUGAUCAUAUACGAUAAGCCAGCAUCAAGAGAGAUGACAGAUGAACUCCAGAAGGAAAUUUUGAUGAAGAAAUGAAUAAAAACUUGAAAGACUGGCAAAUAUAUUUUUUUUAAAAUAGGAGAAUUUGGUAGCUCAAGCUUCAUAAAUUAAGUCAGACUUGGGUGACCUUGUGUUAUAUCAGCAAAGGACUGGAAAGACUGUGCUCUAAGCCUUUUUCCUCUUUACUACAAGCUGUGCAAAAAUGUACAUUAGGAUCCAAGGCCAUGAGGACAGUCAGGAGCACCUGUCCUAUGAUGAAUACUAAUUGGGGAUAAUUUCCCAGUGCCAGGGUGAUUCUUGCUCCUCUGCAGGUACAGCACUUAUGGAGUGCCUUCUCUUGCAAAGUACUGUGCUAUGUUCUAUGAUGGGUUUAGGGGAGAAGUUACAAGUAGUGGUAAAUGAUGACAAGAGAGGUAGCCACUUACUGUUUUGUUGCAUAUGGUGCAGGCAUGGAUGUUAGUUGCUACAGGUAGGUCAGAGAAAGGAGAUGACUUAAGUAGGCCGUUAAAGGGUAGAAAGAAUUUGUUUGAUUAGAGAGGAAAGUGGAUGAAACUAUAAGCUAAAGCAAAGAAGCAGAAAAGUUCAAGCAGUGUUGACAGUCAAUGAGUAGCACCUGCCUGACUCCCUAUAUAAGUUCCCGUAUGGCCUUCAUGUUCAGGCUCACCAGUUUCCUGGAUCCAGUGUGAAGGCCACAUGUGCAGGAGCUCCAUAUGUUGGUGUUAAUUUGAAAGGGAAUUUGGUAAAUGGGAAGUAACUCCAGAGACCACUGACCCAUUUCCAAUUUUUUAAUGGGGAAACCAUGCGCAUUUCAAACUCACCUAAAUAAAUUAAUAAACAUUGGUAGUGGAAGUAAAUUUACACAAACGUUGAGUCCAACCAAUCCGUUUCCUGGAGGAUUAAACUGAAACCUUAAUAAAAAACCUAACUGAUAUGCCAUAAGUCAAUUAAUUGGACAAGUCAGAAAAAUAUCCAAAUCUUCUGAUUUCUAAUCAGUUUUCUUUUCACUGCACCAAACUCCAUUGUAUUAUCAGUGUACGUGUUUGAAUGACUUAUUUGGAGAAAACAUCUUCAUGUCUUUGUCUCUAUUACAAGGGGCCCCAAGACCUACAAAGCUGCUAUCUUGACAUCUGUGUGCACUCGUUUUUUAAUUCUCUCUAACACUCUCAUGGCUGAUGUGUUUGUCUGAUAAUCAUUUGCUGCUUCCUGCAGAUUUCCACAAAAAAAAAAAAAAAAAAACCAGUUUCUUAUCUCCCAGCAGUACAACUUCCUCCUAUUACCACUAACCAGACACUACCAUUUCUUUUUGCCUCUUGAUAUUGCUGUACUUAUACUAAUCCUAUAUAACACUCCAUCGACAGGUUUCUACAACUCAAGUGUUGCUGAGAUUGGGAAAAAAAUUAUUUGUGCGAUUUCCCAGUCCCCUAUCAUGUGUGCUAGAGUUGUGAAGAUCAGCUUAGAUCUACCUUGUGUCUUUUCUUUAGACUUGAGAUCACUGUUACUUUUUCAAGUAGAAAAAUUAUUACAUUCUCACCCAAAUUGCCAGGAAAAUGUCUGUCAUUCUCAGUGAACACUUAACCUGUCUGGUCUUUUUAUUGUCAUACCUACAAUUGCCAUUUAUUUGUAAGCCUUUCUUUGGAACUCUUAAGCAUUAAGGAUUGUUUCCAUAGGCACUUUCCUUUAGGAAUUAACAUUAAGUAAAACUUCCGUACAUAGGACAUAGAGACAGGCAGUAAACAGGGACUAGUCAAGAAAAUACAACUUUUGUUCUCAAUUGUAGGAACUUCUAGGAUAGAAACAAGUCUUAGAAUAACCCUCUCUUUUCUCUCCAGCUUUCAACCCACAACAUUUUUACAUGCUUAGUAAGCACGUAGUUACCAGCUUAUUGUUACUGUUUUGAAGUUGAUCUCCCUGCAUGUGUCUCUGAUGACUCUGAAAGGCACUGGGCUCCUAUGAGGAACGGUCACCUUCUAGACAUUCACUCAUUUAGACAAUGGGUAUUCAUUAAGUUAUUACAAUGUGUUAGAUUCUGUUUUAGGCAUUAGAAACACAGUAGUAAAUGACCCCAAAAUUCUGUCUUCUUAGAGCUUGUAUUCUAAUCAGAAGAGUAAACAAUAAAUUGGGUAAAUAAGUAAAAUGUAAAGUAUGUUAGUGAUAAUACCUAAGAAGAAAAAACUCAAGCAGAGAAAGACCUCAGUGAAAGUGAUUAAGGUAGGCUGUGGAAGCCAGGCAUGGCUCCAUGGAGGAGGUUGGUUAAAAGCUGGACACUGCAGGGUGAGUGUGACAAAGACUGAGGAAGAUGAAGAGAAAGGGGGAAGAAUAUGAGAAAACUGAGGUUAAAAAAAGAGGUAAGUAUUUUCAGGGGAUGCAGAGGAAAUUACCCUAUAUUAUUGCGAUAUAUUUUUGAAGAUGUGGGAGGAAUGUAAAAUAGAUUCACAUCACAGAGGAUGUUGAAAGCCCCAACCUCCAUUUCAAUUAGUGAGAUUCUGGGAUUGUGCUAGGCAUUGUAGGGGUUCGACUGUAAAACGGCACAUCCAGAAGUUUGUAGUACCAGACGCAUCAAAUAUUACGGCUGUAAUGUUUUCAUUGACAAACUGAGACCAAAUAAAGGGAUGAAAUUUUCCAAGGUUAUCCCAUUUGAAGUGGCAGAAUAAAGUAUGGAAGCCAGAUAUUCCUCCCUCCCUCCGUCCCUCCUUCUCUUCCUCCUUCUCUGCCUACCCUCUUGCCCUUCUGCCUUCCUGCCCUCCUGGCUUCCUACCUUCCUUUUAGGUUCUACUACCAAAAAUAUUCUGUGAGCUGAAGAUUCCCAGUGAUUUAGGGGAGGUCCAUUUCCUUUGGAAAUUAAAAACAAUAGGCAAGUUAGCCUUUGUGAUUUUCUUGUCUGGGUUCUGGAACCAAUCUAUUAAAUAUUUCGGAUCACAGGACUAGGUAAACAAACUGAUCAAGGUUUUUUAGAUUCUUGUCCUAAGGUCAUUCUAGUGGCAGUUUCAUCCUGUCUUUAUCUCCUCCCGACAGCUCUGACCAGAGAAUAGCAAGUCAUCUCUGCUACUCUUCUUUGAGGCUUCUUUAUGACACAAACUUAAUUUAAUGAUUUAAUUUUCUCUAAAAGGCACAGGCAAUGGACAAACAACCAGGCACGUAGGGUUAACAAGCAAAGUCUCAUAGUGCUAACUACUGUCUCACUUGGAAGAAAAAUAUGUCUUGGACGGACCUGAAGUGAAGGAAUUUAGAUCAGACAACAGUAAUUAUGUACUAUUUUUUCCUAGGACAGCAUUACUGUUACGGGAGGCUCUGAAGUCUGAGCCAGGGCCAUGGAGGCCUCCGUGCUGAGCCCCACAUCCUGGGAGAAACGGCGGGCCUGGCUCCGUCAGAGCCGUAACUGGCAGACCCAGGUCCUAGAAGAGGAGGCUGCCGCCGCCCUGCAGGAUGUCCCAGAUCCUGAGCCUUCCAGCCUGGAUGAUGUUUUCCAAGAAGGGAAUCCAAUCAAUAAAAUUGAAGACUGGCUACAGGAUUGUGGAUACUCCGAAGAAGGACUUUCUGAGGAAGCAGGACAGUUUAUCUACAGUGGCUUCUGCAGCCAUGGGACCAGCUUUGAAGAUGACUUGACCCUGGGAGCAGAGGCCACACUACUGGCCGCCAAUGGCAAACUCUUCUCCAGGAGUUUCCUCGAGACAGCCAGGCCUUUCCAGCUACUUGAUCUUGGCUGUAGUUUGGCUUCCAGCAGCAUGACUGCAGGGACCAACAAGACUAGUUCAAGCAUCUCAGAGAUUCUCGACAAAGUGCAAGAAGAUGCAGAAGAUGUCCUCUUCAGUCUGGGCUUUUGCCAAGAGGAUCACAAAGACACUUCUCGGAUACCCGCCCGAUUUUUCACCACCCCCUCUCAGGCCAAGGGCAUUGAUUUCCAGCUCUUCCUGAAGUCCCAGGUGCGGAGGAUUGAAAUGGAAGACCCCUGCCUCAUGCUGGCCAGCAGGUUUAAGCAGGUGCAAACACUGGCUGUCACAGCUGAUGCCUUCUUCUGUCUCUACUCCUACGUGUCUAAGACACCCGUCCAAAAGUUCACACCAUCCCACAUGUUCUGGAAUUGCAACCAUCCAACUGAUGUGCCAUCCAUCAGGAUUGUGUCCCGAGAGCCUGAACCCCACUCACCCAGAGACCGCCUUCGGAAAGCCAUCUCCAAGAUGUGUCUGUACACAUGCCCCCGAGAUCGGCCACCACCACCCCACAACACCCCCAGAAAGAACAGUUUGGACCAAGUUGUGUUGGAAGUGAUGGACAAAGUGAAAGAAGAGAAGCAGGUCCUCCAGCAAGACUCUGAUUUGGGACAAUUCUCACAGGAAGAUCCUGUGCCCCCUGUUGAGGGUGAAAAGCUGCCCACUUCUCCUUAUCAAUGUGUCCUCUGCUGCAAAGAGGAAACACAGCAGGGGAUGUCCACAGUGCUAGCACCAUCGCAAACUCUGGAUUCGAACCCCAAGGUACCCUGUUGCACACAUUCUCUGCCCAUAGAAGAUCCACAGUGGAGCACAGACCCCGCUCAGAUAAGGAGAGAGCUGUGUAGUCUACCAGCCACCAAUACGGAAACCCAUCCAGCCAAGGAUGAGACUUUCUGGAAAAGAAAGAGCAGAGCAAGAAAGAGCCUGUUCCAGAAGAAUCUCAUGGGCAGGAAGGUUAAGUCCUUGGACCUGUCCAUCACCCAGCAGAAAUGGAAGCAGAGUGUAGACAGACCAGAACUGCGUCGGUCUUUAAGCCAGCAGCCACAGGACACUUUUGACUUGGAGGAGGUGCAAAGCAACAGUGAAGAGGAGGAGAGUCAGAGUCGCUGGCCCAGCAGACAGAGGCACCCGCCCCACCACCAGACUUUUGCUGGCAAAGACUCGUGAAGCUUUCUCCACCACCACAACAGCAUGUGGUCUGACAGAAGUGGCUUCAUAGAAGAACCUAAUUCCAACCUCUUGCAGGAAACUGCACUGCCCUCAACAUCCAGCCCCUACACCUUGGUCCUCCAAACCCCCAAAUUCUGCAGGAGAAAGGCAGCAUGGUACAUGGGAAAGAAGACCAGACUGAGCGAUUUGGAAUCUACAUCCUAAUGCUGCCACAAGCUGCAUGCACAGAAAAAGACCUUAGGCACAUCAUUUCGUUUCUCUGUACACUGGUGUAUCUACUAUGUAUGUAUCAAAAUAUAUAAUAUGGACCACAGUAAACUGAGCAAAGCCUUAAUUUUCUCCCAAGCUUUGACAUUGCCAAGGGCAGUUAGGAGACUUCAGGAUCAAGUUUAGGGGACAAGUUUGUUUCUAAUACUUUCAAAGGGCCCAAGCUAAGAGAGGAAGGACAUCUCACUUUCUGGCUCUAAAAGCAUGCUUCAUCUCACAGUAGGAUUCCCUCUAUACCUCUGUUCAUCCCUGUGUUCCUAACUAAAUUCCAGAAAAUCUUCCACAACACCAGAGUCCUUUCUUUCUUCUUGAGACCUCCUUUGAAGAAAUCAACUUGGAGGCUC